AAAUAAUGGCAGACUUUUGGAAACCUACAGCUGAUUUGUAUAGUGCUCUAUUUGAAAAGCCAAAAAUGUCAUAGAAGCUACUUGAAAAACCGCCUUUUAAAUAUAUAUUUGAUAUUAUAAUGGAGACAACUAAAUAAACAGGUUUCAAAUUUAAAUUUCCUUUAGGUUAUGGAAAAGGACUUUAUACAGGCGAUGAAUUAGAUGGGAAUUCGUAUGAUAAUAAAGACAAAAAGCUUAUGUUCCUAUAAAAGAUAAUAGAUUUGACAUCCAUGAUGUUAAAGGAAGAAAUUGUUGCUAAGCCUGGUAAAAUAGCUGCAGGGUUGGAACCAGAGAAUACAAACCUAUUACUGUAAGCUAUUUAUAGAGCAGCCGUAAGUGGUAAAAAUAGUGAUCCUUUUGUUAAGAAAGUACAUAGAGUUUGAUAAUUAAUAUUUAGAUUUUAGGAGGAGGAGGAGCCAAAGAGCCUGAACCUUAAAAAAAAGAAUAGCCUAAGCCAGAGCCCAAGGCCUAAUAGCCUCCUCCAAAGGAGUAAAGUGCACCAUAAGUAAAGGAAGAAAAAAAGCCUGAAGAGAAGAAGCCAGCUCAACCUAAGGAAGAUCCAAAGCCAAAAUAAUAAGCUCAAUAACCUCCCCCUUAAUAGCCUAAGGAGAAUUAAAAAUAACAAUAAGCUCCUCCUCAAUAAUAAUAAUAAUAAUAAUAAUAAUAAUAAUAAACACAAGAAGGAAAUGUAAGACCUUCAACUGCCAAAAAAAGACCACCUCAAUUGCCUUCAAGUCAAGUUUAGGUUGAACAAAAUCAAAAAAAAGGAGGAACAGCAAAUGUAAUUAUUGAAGGGAAAGGAAAUAAUGAUGAUGAUGAUGGUAUUGUAGUUCAAAGCAACGCGAAGCCAACUUCUGAUAUUAAUGCUUAAGAAUAUGGUAAAUUCGUUAGAGAUAACAUGAAAAAUUAAGAGAAGGGCAAAGAGGAAGAAAAAGAGAAAGAUUAACCACAAGAAGGAAUUAAAAUGAAGAGGAUAGGAAAUGUUAAUUAACGAAAAGGUUAUUAUACAAAUAAUAUGAAUAGAUAAAAUCAAGGAAGAGAUUGCAUAGAAUUUGGGAACAUCAUAAGUAUCUGAUACAAUUGUGAUGCAGAAAUUAAUCCAAUCUAUGAGUCAAAACGUAAAUCCUUUAGCUAAAUAAAUUGAAUUUAUUUAAGAUGAUAUUGAGAAUAUGAAUAGGGAAUUGCAAUAAUGGAGAAAGAUCUAUAAUGUUUCUAAGCAGAAGAUGGUUGAUAUGAAUAGAGCAACUGAGGAGGUGAGAAUGAUAUAUUAAUAAUUAGGCAUAAUAACCGUUAUAUGAUAAGAUAGCUGAAGUUGAAGAAGUUAUAAAAGAGAAAAAAUCUAAGAUAUAAAACAUCAAAGCUUAAAUUAUAAAAAAUAAAUUACAAAUUGACUAAUUGCUUAAGGCAGUUUUAGUUUAAAAAUGAG